AUGCCCAAGAACGAGGCCCAACAACCGUUGUGCAUGUCAGCCACACGGCCGGAAUGUGAGUUCAGCCGAAGGCGUAACUCGGAGAAGCUCAUUUUCCGAUCAGAUCUGAAAGCCUAUAGGUGCAUGCAGGAGGAUGCCAAGGAGAAAUAUUGGUUGUCAGGCGCCAGCCUGAUUUGUGUUUCCCUCUCUUUUCCAUCCAAAACCCCGACCAAACUAGGCCCCUCGCUCGUUUCUGUCACGGAGUCACCUGGAUGGAAUGGCCUCAAGGACCUCGGGGCGUGUGUCUCGGGUAGGCUUGGGCAGUACUCGAGACCCGGAAUGCCUGAUCACAGACCUGGGAAACGCGAUAACGAUGCCUCUAUAAUCGAAAUAUACCUCGGCCCUAUUAUCAGAGCAAACUACUCUGUAACUGACCUCACACAAGAGGCUUUCAAGAGGAUGGACGACACAGCACUGAACCUCCUUCGCUCGUUGAACUCCAUAGUCAACUUGCAGCUCAUCACGACCGAGCGGCCUCCGAUAGACAUUCAUGACGUGCCCGGAACAACCCACGCUGAAGACAACCACUUAGCGGAGCUGAGAUCAAGCGUUGGAAGAAUGGCCAGACUUGGUGCCGGCUUCGAACAACUUCAUCACCUGACGAGCUUUCUGGUCUCACCAUCCACCCUUGGUGACCAACGGGAGCUUAGCCUUGGGACAGGAAAAUAUCCUCUAUUCACUCUUCCUCCAGGGGAUACUGGGGACUUGGCCAUAGGUUGCCUGAGAAGAUGGCACGAGAUCUUGAAAACACUACCCGGCGGUUCCCCAACGUUUGAAGAUUUGUCUUUUUAUCCCUCAGAAGCAACAGAAGAAUCAACAGAAAAUUACGAAUGGAAUGAGCGCCGCGGAGAGCACGUGGGCAGUAUAGUCAAGGUUAUCACCGAUGAGUUUCGACGGCUGAGCUGCGUUAAGGAGAGGAGGCACGAGAUUCUUUUACAGGUUUCGAAUGAUCUACCCGCAACGCGUCCAGACAACCCGCCUAAACUGGAUAUGUUCAUAUCUCGUUGUCCUACAAGCAAUCUUAUCUGGCAGGAGUCUCAAUGUGGCGACUUUGACGCCAAAAUCUCUGGCAAAGAGAAGUGUAUGUGUGAGGGAAUCAAGCAGGCAAUGAAGGACAGAAAGAAGCUGCAUCUUUUGGUUGAUCACCGAGGCGUGAUUGACGUGACAGACAGUGUUAAACCAGCCCCUCUGCGCCGUGACAGCUUUGACGGGAUCUCGCUUAGUGAGCUGCUCAGGCAAGAUGUCUUUGGGCCCAUCGACACGCAGGCAUGGUUCAAUAAUACUGCAGCAAGGAAGGUCAAUUCCGCAACAAAGGCUCAGGUGGCACUGGGGCUAUCUAGAUGUCUCAUGGACUUCUUUGACAAGGGACUUGAACUGGCCUCACACAGCUGGACCGCCGAAAACGUCCACUUCAGGGAGUCUUCUGACAGCAACAGGGAAGGAAUGCAACGUCUUCUGUAUGUCUCGCUUCGCCCAAAGCUUGACCAGGCUCGCAGCGCCGACAUCAACAAGAUGCUUGACAAUGACGACAUCAACAAAAUGUUUGACAGUGACAAUCCAGUUGUAUUGUCAUUUGCCAAGCUUCUCCUCGAAAUCUUUGACGGGAAAGCGAUAAGCAUACAGAGAAUCCCAACUGGCGAGGAAAAGCUCUGGAAUUGGCUGGAUCUUGGAGAUGUCGUUGAAAACUUGCUUCAGGAUCAAAGUAGGGGGUCAUUCGCUUUCAAAUACUUGGAGGUUGUGGAAAGUUGUCUACGGCUUCGGGCAACUCUGCGAGACUGCAAGAGCCGUUCGGACCUCGUAGCUACCAGUCGGUUCGUGAGAAAGACCAUCUACGAAAAUGUGGUUCGGAAACUGGAGGUACUGGCGAGUUGGGAACGGAAAAUUCACGGGCAAAGGAAACGAAAGAACCAAGACCCAGUCCUUGACGAGCCCCCUACCAAGAAGCUGGCUGUGCUGCCCCAGUCUCCAGAUGCGCCUAGAGCCCCGGGUCAGGCGGGCGGCCAUGACCCAGGCUUAUCGGCCAGUAACUCUGGCGAAUGCACGGCGGUAGAAGAAGAGUUCACAGAACACACCGAGGAGGGUGAAGGGGGACCAUCUCUGUACGAUGAUCAGGGAGAAGCCGACCAGUCCGAUCGAGUCAGAGCCAAAGAGUACCUGCGAAAACUCAGCCAGGGCUUUAAUAGGCGUAUUAAGCCACUCAAAGACUCGGCGGCUAACGAGAUAGAUCCGAUCAAGGUUGCUAUCAUUGAUAGCGGCGUUGACUUGGAUGACCCUGUGAUCCGUGCCCGAAGCUGCCAGAUUGGGGAUAAAAGGAAUUGGACGAGUGAUCAACCUGAUGCGUGUGCUGAUGACUGUGGCCAUGGAACUCACGUCACUCGGUUGAUACUAGAAGCUGCCCCGGCUGUCAAGGUCUACGUUGCUAAGGUGACCGAGAGGAAGAAACUCGACUCGAAGGUUUCUGGCAGGAUUAGACAGGCUAUAGAAUGGGCGACCGGAGUAUGGGAAGUCGACAUCAUCUCCCUAUCUUUCGCGAUGGAUGGUGAGGAUGAGACAAUAAGAGCGACCCUCGACAAAGUGCUCAACCCACCUCGCCAUAUCACUAAGAAUGUGAUAGUGAUUGCGGCAGCAUCUAACUGGGGCGGCAAUCGCCAUAUUGGAUUCCCAGCGUGCUACGAAGACAUCAUCUGCGUCCAUUCAACCGAUGGGUAUGGUAACCCCAGCAAAACAAACCCGACUGCACGAAAGGGUAAAGAUUUUUCCACGCUCGGAAUGUCCAUCAAGUCAAGUUUCAAAGGCAAAGGCAAAGACAAAAGGAGGUCCGAAGUCUACAUCUCAGGGACUUCCUACGCCACGGCCAUUGGUGCAGGUAUCACAGCCAAUAUCCUGGAUUUUGCGAGGCGAGAUCCGAAGUUACGGGAUGAGGAGAAGUGGUGGCUCUUCUCAUCGUGUGGCAUGUCCUGUGUGCUGAGAAGUAUGAGCGAGGAAAGGGGCGGGUACCGAUAUGUGAUGCCAUGGGCACUGUUUGAUGGACGAGACGAGAAAGACAUCUGGCGCGAUAUCCGGGGCGCACUUAAGUCACGUUGA